AGGAGGAGGCUGGUCCUCGCAGCGCUGCGGCUCCGUCCUCAUCACUGAUCAUGUGCCUCACUCCCAGGCUGUCUCCGGUUCCUCUGCAGGAAGUCGGACCGCAGCUUGUGUCACCUGUCUCUUUCUGAUAGCCGAAGGUUUGUUUUCUUCCGCCUUCUGCGCGUCUCAGCGGCGCCCUCGGCUCUGCUGGGCUGGGCCCGAGAGAGGCUGAGAGAGACUCAGACCCCUCGCCACCACCUUCUCGCCAUGGAGGCCCCGGUGGAGGAGGAGAAGGAGCCGUCUCUGAUGGACAAGUCCAUUCCUCUGCCCACCCUGAGCCCAGCCGUGCCGCCCUACGUGACUCUGAGCCUGACGGUGGUCUACACCGUCUUCUACUCGCUCCUCUUCCUCUUCGUGUACGUGCAGCUGUGGCUGGUGCUCCGGUACCGACACAAGCGCCUCAGCUACCAGACCGUGUUUCUGUUCCUGUGCCUGCUGUGGUCGGCGCUGCGCACCGUGCUCUUCUCCUUCUACUUCAGGAACUUCGUGACAGCCAACACGCUGGGACCUUUCCCCUUCUGGCUGCUCUACUGCUUCCCCGUCUGCCUGCAGUUCUUCACACUCUGCCUCAUGAACCUUUACUUUGCACAGGUUGUUUUCAAGGCAAAGUCGAAGUACGCACCAGAGCUCCUGAGGUACAGGCUGCCCCUGUACCUCCUCUUCCUCUUCAUCAGCCUGGUGUUUUUAGUCGUAAACUUGGUGUGUGCUCUGCUGGUGAGGAUGUCCUCUGCAGAAGCACACACCAUCGUCCUGGUGAGGGUCGCCAUCAACGACACUCUUUUUGUCCUGUGUGCGGUCUCGCUCUCCCUGUGUCUGUACAAGAUCGCCAAAUUGUCGUUGGCCAACAUUUACCUGGAGUCUAAGGGAACGUCGGUGUGCCAGGUGACAGUUAUUGGAGCCAUAGUCAUCCUCCUUUACGCUUCCAGGGCCUGCUACAACCUGGUUGUCCUGGGACUCUCAAACAAAAGCAUUAACUCGUUUGACUAUGACUGGUACAACGUGUCAGACCAGGCAGAUUUGCAGUUGACUCUGGGUGACGUCGGCUACAUCGUCUUCGGAGUGGUUCUGUUCGUAUGGGAGCUGCUGCCUACUUCUCUUGUUGUUUUCUUCUUCAGAGUGAGGAAACCUAACUUAGACCGGAGCGGCUCAGGCCUUCCUGGCCACGUCUUCUCCUCUCGGGCUUAUUUCUUUGACAACCCACGCCGUUAUGACAGCGAUGACAAUCUGGCAUGGAGCGUCAUGCCUCAGAACAUCCAGGCCAGUCUGGCUGCUGACAGCUAUGAGUGGGGAAGCCAGAACAGCGGCAUUGGCGUCUACAUCGGGAGCGACGACAGCUACAGCUGCCCCCCACCUCCUCCAGAGGAGCUCAGCCAUUACUGAGUGGAUCACGACUCCCCCCCCCACCGUGUCUUUAACGUUAUCUGUAUGUUUUUUCACAAUCUGUUACUGACCAAUGCACAGCGAGACUAACGAGACUCAUUUUUCUUUUUGCCAGUAUGAUGGCUCAGAAAUGGGACGUGACCUUUUGCACAUUUCUUGUACAAAAUUUGAUCUGCUCAUGAACCUCUUCAGUUAGUUUGUUGAAAUAGUGUAAUUUAUUUCCUCACCUUUGUAAUAUGUACUGUAAUACUAUUUUAUGUACUGUUUAUGAAAAUGUUUAAUUUCAUACCAAUGUUUAUAGAGAUUUGUUUAAAUCGUUGAUUUUAAAACUGUAAAAAUGCUCGUUACAUUUUUUGUAUUAAAUCCCUAAACCUCAUUAAAUUUAUCUUUUGCUUUA